AUGCCAGCUGCUGCAGUGAAGCCCUCUCUGGAGGACAUGGUUGCAGAAGGGGAGCGUGGAGUGUCCCAGUGGGAGGCUCCGUCUCUGGGCAGGGAGCGGCUGCCUCUUCCCUCCCUGAAGGUCCCCAGGGAGCUGCUGCGGAGCUUCCCCCACUCCAAGCGGGUGGGAUCCUACCUGGUGGGGAAGAUGAUCAACAAGGGUUCAUUCGCCAAAGUGAUGGAGGGGCUGCACAUCGGCACUGGGGAAAAGGUUGCCAUUAAGGUGAUAGAUAAGAAGAAAGCUCGCCAGGACUCAUAUGUGUUGAAAAACAUGAAGAGGGAACCUCGAAUUCAUCAGAUGGUCCGACAUCCUCAUAUUGUAGUUCUGCUGGAGACCCUGGAGACGGAGAACAGCUACUACAUGGUCAUGGAGCUCUGUGCUGGAGGAGACUUGAUGGACCGGAUCUGUGAGAGGAAGCGGCUGGAGGAGAGGGAGGUCCGACGUUACACCCGACAGAUCCUCUCUGCUGUUGAUCAUCUGCACAAACACGGCAUCGUGCACAGAGAUUUAAAGAUUGAAAACUUCCUCCUGGACGAACACAACAACAUAAAGAUUGUGGACUUUGGCCUGAGCAACACCUUGAAAGCUGAAUCUUUAUCUCUGGAGCUCCUCAGCACCCAGUGUGGAAGUCCAGCCUACGCCGCCCCUGAGCUGCUGGCUCACAGGAAGUACGGACCUAAAGUGGACGUCUGGUCUGUAGGUGUGAGCAUGUUUGCCAUGCUGACAGGAACUCUCCCCUUCACUGUGGAGCCUUUUAACAUCAAACAGCUGCACCAGAAGAUGGUCAGUGGAGAGAUCAGCAGCAUCCCCAGUGACAUCAGCAAAGGCGCUGUGUCCUUUGUUUUGUCUCUCCUGGAGCCGGAUCCAGAUAAGAGACCAAGUGUCAGGGAGGCGAUGGAGGAGAGAUGGAUCAACGAGGGACACGCCAAGAAACCACUGCACACUCUCUCUCAUAAAAACAGGUUGUGUCCAGAGGAUCUGAACUCGUCUGUGCUGACGUACAUGACGGAGUCGCUGGGCUACUCGCUGUCUGAAGUCAUCCAUACGCUCACCACCAACCGUCCGUCCGCCAUCAUGGCCUCCUACCACCUGCUGCUCAACAAGCUCAACAGGAACCCGAAAGGAGCCAAAGCCAGCAAGAAGCUGGAGAGCAGUGACUGGUGUCUUCCCAGCAAGAAUACAUGGAGAGAGAGGAGUAACACUGAAUCCAACACUCAGCAGCAGAACGAACAGACCAAUGAGAAAAGCUCGAAGCAGUUCAGCCGACCUCUGAGAGCCCAGCAGAUGACCGACUGUCAGAGCAACAGGAGGAGGACCGAGGAUCUGCUGAGGAAGGACCAGAGAGAGGACGAUGAGAACCGUCCCCCGUCUCCCUCCCUGCCCCGGCUUCCUCAUUCCGCCUCCCCCUCCUUACCCCCUCGGCUUCCCUCACCUUCUCCUGCCCCGCUGUCUGCAGAGGAUGGAGCUACUGAUGAGGAGAUCACGUUGGACGCCAGAGAGACGCUGUUUCCUGAAGUGUCAGUGUUCAGAGACAGGGAACUCGUCCAUCUUUCUCCUCCUAAAAGCUCCGCCUCUCAGCUCUGUGACUCCGCCCCUUGCCAAGUCCCCUUGCCUGCCGAGCCAAUCAGAGAACCCAGCUCAUCCAGACCAAUCCGACACACUCACCUGCUCAGGACGACCCAGUCGGAUGGGGCGGCGGACCCGGGGUCAGACUGUUUCCAUGACAACCGUCACCAGGACGACUCCCAUCACCUGAGCAUCAACGAGCGUCUGGAGAAGCUGCAGACGUUCUACUCCUCGGAGAAGAACGGCAUUUCUCCCAGGAUGCUCGUGGAGGCUGACACCUCGGACCAAGCUCACCUGGCUACCAUGGAGACGCCUAAGACAUCACCCUCCGCCCCCCUCCCACGUUUACGCAAUGUGGGGCUAAAAGAUGGACGGGGCAGGAAGAUGACCUGGGUAGGGCUGACCCGACCUGGACCACCAGGACUCCUGGUGAACGGAUCCAAACCUCCUGCUUUCCCCCCACAGAGACAACACACUCUGGUCAUCAAGAGCCUGAGGCAGGAGAGGGGGAAGAGGAAAGAUCUGUCUGCAGCAGCAGGAGGAGGAUCAGAGAGGGCAGGAGGAGGCAUCAACGGAGCCAAGAGAAACUCAGUCCAGUUACGUUCGUCUCUGCAGCGUCGGGUCGCCGACCUGAACCUGCCGCUGCUUCCUGCAGCCCUGCAGGGGAAAAGUGACAGGAAGAAUCAGCUGCACAGCAUGGACUACUGACACACUGAGAGGCAGAGAAAGGUGCUAGAAAGUUGGUGACACAUUUGUAAAGAAGAUUAGCAUUUAAAGGGGAACUUCGGUUUUUUUCAACCUGGGGUCUGUUUUCAUAUGUCAUUUCAUACAUGUGAGUGAUGGAGAAAUGAAUUUUCGACAUAGCUCCAGUAUUUAGCCAGGCAGGCAGCUUAGCAGCUCAGGUAGCCGCUCAGCUAGCGAAAAGUAUGGGGCAACUUGCCCCCCGCGUCAAAGUCCGCCCCAACAUGCUUUUUUUCUCCACACUGACCGGCUCAGAUAGUCUCAACGAGUGUCCCACAACAUACUAAAGAUGAGAAGUGAACAAAAACCUCCACAUUACUUGGUGAUCACUAUUUGUUGUGGUCUGUAUCCUAAUCGCAGGACGCUAGAAAGCAAAUCUCGUUCCGAAAUCGCGCGAUAGCUCGCGAAAUCGUGUGAUAGCUCUCGCCAAAACACCAGAAUAUCCGAGCUGGUCAGUGUGGGAAAAAAAAGCACGUUGGGGUCUUUGACUCGGGGGGGCAAGUUGCCCCAUAC